AUGAACAAUAAGUGUCAAAGUGGCUUAAAAAGUAAAAUGAAGAAUUACGCUCGAGUAAGCCUCAGAAGGCAGAGCAAUUGCUUUCUCAUAAGCGUAACAACACUAGUUUUGGCAUACUCUCUUUAUAUUGACGCGGUCCUAGGAUUACCCCUUGAUAACUCGGAUAAUAAUUGGCCUACGUUUCCACGACGAAAUGUAGCAGCUUUAGCCAGAGAUGGAUAUUUAAGAGGUUCAACUCUGGGAUUCAAGAGGAGUAUCUCCACACUAGCUAAAAAUGGGCAGCUUCCUACAUUUAGAUCUCCAUACGAUGAGACCGAUAAGCAGGAACAAGAUGAUGAUGGAUCUCAUGAUAAAAGAAAUUUAGCUUCGAUUGCAAGACUUCGCAGUUUCGCGGCUAUAAAAAGAAAUGUACAGGCUCUAGCACGAGAUGGCUACCGCUUUGGUAGAGGACAAUAUAACCCACCUAAUGACAAACGUAAUAUUGCAGCUUUAGCACGCAAUGGAUUGAUUCAUAAAAAAGAUGAAGUAAUGGGUGAUGAAUAUUACUAUCCAUUUUAUCAAAAUUCGGUACCACCACUAUCUGAAAUGGACGGUCCUCUUGAUUUUAAUGAAAUAUACGAUUAUCAGCAAUCUGUAAACCCGGAUAUACUUCCACCUUUAUCACAAGUUUAUAAACGAAGUGAUGGCGCAUAUCCUCUAGCUUAUGAACAUCAUAACAUCGAUUUUAAUGGAUUGAAUGGUAACUGGUAUCUUAAAAGGGGGUCUGUGGGAUUGCCAGCUCAUGGACUUUACAGACCGAUUUAUAUAAAUACAAGUGGUAACAGAAACAGAAGAUCGAUUUAUUCUAUUCCUGAUGAGAUCGAAAGUAAUGAUAUAACUCCUGAAGAUUAUGAAAACGAGAAUCAAGAUAAGCGAUCUGUAGAUACAGAUGAUGAUAUAGCGCGUCAAAGUUUUGAGAAACGCCAUAUUGGUUCAUUGGCACGGUUAGGCUUAUUACCAUCGUUUAGAUUUUCUGGUGGCCGUUAUAGUAGGUCUGGAAGGGCCAGAUUAUUAUUACCUAGUCAGGAACUUUACAGGAAGCAUUCCCCUGUCGAGAAUUUCGGGAUUAGGGAAUAUCUCUCUGAUUCCGAAAUUGGCGCAUCCGAUCCAGACGACACCGACCUACCGUCGCCGCCAAUACUUGCUCACUCGCACCCGACCGGCCGGUACCUCCACCGACCACUAAACAAUGAACUUCCGAGCACUCCUCUAAAAAAUACCCCCCUUCCUCAAUCUCCACUAUCUCCUAACUACGCCGAAUUUACCAAAAACCACUGGCAGAAAAACCCCAAAGUUUAUUAUUUUAGAUCCUUGAAAGUCCCAUAUCAUUCAUCUGGAAAAAGGUACUUGCUGCUUCCUACUGUUGACAAUAUUCUCCUGAGGAAGGCGUACCGCAACAGCAGUCUACCGAGUCGUCGUAAGAAUCAG